UCUAGUCUGGUCUUAUUCCGUCAGGUCAGAGGUCAGUCUGCGCGCCUUCCAUCCACUGAACAAGGAGCAUUUCGUGACAAACAAACACUGAUAGAACGACUAAUGGUCGGUGUCUUUCUUUAAAACAGACCCAUAAAGCUGCAAAGAACCGUAGCUGUUGUGGUUUCUUACCAGGGAGCUCGCUGGUUGUUGUUAGCUUUUCGGUUAGCCUUGCUAGCCUCGUUAGCCACUUUAGCUGGCUGCAGAAGAAAGUACUAGCUAGCUACCUGGCUAGCUCAACCUCAAGCUAGCUAACAGAAACUUGCAUUUCUCUACGCGGAGCCCGACAAACUACCGCAGACAUGCAGGACAUGCUGGCUAACGUGGAUCACCUCAAGUUUGACUUGGAGCUGGCUGUGCAGCAGCAGCUAGGAGCCCAGCCGCUACCUUUCCCCGGCAUGGACAAGUCCGGGUCUGCAGUGUGUGAGUUCUUCAUGAGAGCUGCUUGUGUGAAAGGUGGGAUGUGUCCGUUCCGUCACAUCAGUGGAGAGAAGACGGUGGUGUGUAAGCACUGGCUCAGAGGACUCUGUAAGAAGGGAGACCAGUGCGAGUUUCUCCAUGAAUACGACAUGACCAAGAUGCCUGAAUGUUACUUCUACUCCAAGUUUGGCGAAUGUAGCAACAAGGAAUGUCCAUUCCUGCACAUUGAUCCAGAGUCCAAGAUCAAAGACUGUCCCUGGUAUGACCGAGGCUUCUGCAAACACGGUCCUGACUGCAGACACAGACACACAAGAAGAGUGAUCUGUAUGAAUUACCUGGUGGGCUUCUGUCCAGAGGGAAAAUCCUGUAAAUUUAUGCACCCUCGUUUUGAAUUGCCGAUGGGAGCUUCUGAACAGCCUCCUCUACCACAGCAAAUUCAGAACCAGACAAAGCCUGUGCCUACCAUCGGACGCUCGUCGCUCUCUCUGAUCCAGCUGACAAACUCCAGUCCAGGCCAGCGGAUGCAGAACCACACACAGAUGUCUGCUCCUCAGCAAAAUAACAUGACCGGCAACAGAGGGCCUCGGCCACUGGACCAGGUCACCUGCUACAAGUGUGGAGAGAAGGGCCACUAUGCCAACAAAUGCACUAAAGGCCAUCUUGCCUUCCUGAGUGGACAGUAACCUUCGGCCUCGAGGUCACCACUCGCUGUAGCUCAGUCCCCCUGACGUGAGCAGAGGAGACGAGAGGAAGAAGAGAGGCAGCCCCUUUGCUCCACCGGCUCAAGUUGAGUUGAAAGACUUUGACUGCCACUGUUGUGUGUGUCACUUCAUACAGACACAGGCAGGAGGAAAGAUAAACAUAGCUACUAUUUCUAUUUUGUGGAUACAUGAAAAUAACAAAGAACAAAAAAAGAGGUCACAGUCUGUGUGGCUGUGGUUGAAUGACUUGUGUGUUUGUCUUCAGAGUUUUCUACAAUAUUUGUAUCACACACAGGGUCCAACAGAGGGCAUACAUAUGUUUAUCAGUGAAACAGAAAUGAUAAAUGCCAGUAGGAAUAAAUUAAUGCAGUUUGUACACAAACUACUGUAAUUAAUCCGAGCCCAAAUCCACACUCCAAUGGGUUGUUUUCAUCACAAUAUGGUCAAAUUUUACACUUUCUAACCAUAACCACACUUUUGUGGCAAACAUUUUAAAUGUUGGAAGUAAUUCAUUAUUUACCAGUUGUGCUUGAAAGCCCUGUGAUGUUCAAUCUGAGUA